AUGACCAACUUAGAGGUCAAUGCCGGGCUCGAGCAGAUCAGGGCAACCAAGACACUCGCCCAGCUCAAGGCCGUACACUCUCGUGUGGCGCACCUCGUCCAAUCCAAUGUUUACAUGGCCAAUUUCCUCCUCCAGAUGUACGGCACCCGCGGCGGCGUGGAAGAUGCCAAGAGAGUCUUCGACGGGACGGCCAAGAAGAACGUCUUUUCCUGGGCACUGAUGCUCUCGGCAUAUGCCCAGAACGGGCAUCUGGAGGAGGCCCGGGGUAUAUACUCGGCCAUGCCCGAGCACAACCUGGUGACGUGGACGGUCAUGAUCAACGCACUUGCCCAGCACGGGCAUGUGGACGAGGCCAAGCACGUGUUCGAUUCCAUGCGGGAGAGGGAUAGAGUCUCAUGGACGGCGAUGCUUACAGCGUUUGUGGACAAUGGACGGCUGGGAGACGCCAGGAAUCUCUUCGCUAAGAUGCCUGAAUUGAGCAUCUUCUCCGAGACCGCGAUGCUCACGGCCCUGGCCCGGGAGGGUCUCAUUGACGAGGCCAAGAAUCUCUUCGAUUCCAUGCUCGAGAGGGACAUGAUCUCCUGGACGGCGAUGCUCGUCGCCUAUGCCGACAACAAGAUGAUCGAGGAGGCCGAGCUUGUUUUCCGGACGAUGCCCGAGAGGGAUCUUGUCUCGUGGAAUGCAAUGCUUGCCGGGUAUGCGCAGAACGGGCAAUUCAACGAGGCCAAGCGGCUCUUUGCUCGGAUGCGCGAGAAAAACAUGAUCUCGCUCACAGCAAUGGCGUCGGCGUAUGCUCAAAAUGGGGAUUUGGAGAGCACCAAGAAGAUCUUUGAUCGAAUGCCAGAGAGGAGCUUAGUUUCGUGGAACACAAUGCUGAGUGCCUAUGCCCAGACUGGGCACAUAGAAGAGGCUAAAGCCCUCUUUUACGCAAUGCGAGAGAGUAACCUGGUAUCGUGGAACACGAUGCUUUCGGCAUAUACCGCUUCCGGGAAUAUCCCUGAGGCAAGGAGCUUGUUUGCUCGGAUGAAAGAGUGGGACUUUAUUUCGUGGACUGUGAUGCUAGUGGCAUAUUCCCAGCAAGGGCUGGUUGAGGAAUCUAAACAGGUUUUCGAUGAGAUGCAAGAGAGGGAUCUUGCGUCGUGGAACGCAAUGCUCUCGGCAUAUGCCAUAAACGGGCAUAUUGAGACAGCGAGGAACCUCUUUGGUGCGAUGGAGGAACGUGACCAAAUCUCGUGGAACAUAAUGCUUUGCGCGCACUCGCGCAGUGGGAACCUGGAAAAUGCGAAGAAUCUCUUCGAUCUUAUGCGCGAGCACGACCUUGUGUCGUGGAACGCGAUGCUCUCUGCAUAUUCCCAGAAUGGGCAUCUGGAAUACGCCAAGAGCAUUUUCGACCGGAUGCAAGAGCGCGACAGGGAGAGAGACGCAGUGGCGUGGGGCGCAAUGCUCGCGUCAUAUGCUCUAAACGAGAAUCUCGACAAGGCGAAGAGUUUCUUCGAUAGCAUGGAGGAACGAAGCAAUGUGUCGUGGACGGUGAUCCUUUCGGCAUAUGCCCAGAAAGGGCGCGUGGAAGAUGCGGCGAAUCUCUUCAAAUCCAUGGACGAGCGCGACCGCGUGUCGUGGACGGCGAUGCUUGCGGCAUUCGCCCAAAAGGCGAGCUUCGAGAUCGCAAUGGAGUUCUUUGGCGCGAUGAAUUUGGCAGCAGAAUCACCCGACGAGGCAACGAUCGUGUGCGCGAUCGCGGCUUGCAGCCACAGUGGCAAGUUCAAGGAUGGGCUCGCGUGCUUCCGAUCGAUGCAAAUGGAUCACGGCGUGAAACCCACCAAGCAAUUGUAUAGCUGCGCGGUGGAUCUUCUCGCGCGAUCGGGGCAUCUAGAGGAAUCGGAGGAGCUCAUCCAUACCAUGCCAUUCGUGCCGGAUUCGCUGGAUUGGACGGCGCUGCUAGCCGGGUGCAAGAGCCACAAGGAUUCCAAGAGAGGAGCUCGAGCGUCGCAGAGAAUGGUGGAUAUGGACGCCAAGAAUGUGGCGGGCUACGUGCUUCUCUCCAACAUGUACAGAGAUCCGACGGUCAGAAAGCUUUCCCUCUCGACGGAUGGAAUCGUGCCAAGUAGAGCCCUAAAACCCCUGGGCUAG